AUGAUUUCCGUGACAACAGUUACCAAAGAUAUUGACGCCCCAAUUGGGGAAGUUUGGGCCAUCGUUUCCGCGUGGGGCUCAGAGAAGCUCUGGUUUCCAAACAUGAUGAGAUCAAGCCUGGAGGGCUUUGGAGUUGGAUCUGUACGGACAUUAACUUUUAAACCUGGAGACUUUACCGUCUCCGAGAGGCUAGAAGCAGCCGACCCCUUGGCACAUACUCUUUCCUAUGCCUUGAUCCGGAACCCUGAUCAUCAUAGGGCCAAGUAUCCUCGUGGGAGCAUCGUGUUGGAUGACCUUGACGGAGCCAAGACAAGAUUUACGUGGUCCUGCAAGGCGAGUUGGGUGGAUGAGGACUUCCGAGCCGAGUUCGUCAACAUGAUCAACGGCAUGUAUAACGAGGCGAUUGAUUGUCUUGGCCAACUGCUAGCUGCUUCGGAAGACCGCUAG